UUAUUUUUAUAUUUAAUUCAAUUUUUAUAUUUAGAUGUAUCGAAAGAAUCUGUACGAAGAAUUGUAAGAGUCACCAGACGCCCGUACAAGCCCACGAAGGUGCAAAAAGUUUUCCAACGUGACCACGAAAGACGCCAGGCAUACUGCGAAUGGAGUCUGCGACAGUUGGCGAGAAAUCCACUUUUCUUUAGACGAGUUUGCUUCAGCGAUGAAUCCACAUUCACCAAUAACGGGCCAAUUAAUAAGCAAGUUACAAGGAUGUGGUCCGAGCAAAACCCGCAUUGGUUUAUAGAAAAUGACAGGCAGCAUAGGUGGAAGUUCAACGUAUGGAUCGGGAUUGUCGGAGAUCGGAUUAUAGGUCCGAUAUUUUAUAAUGAAAAUUUGACUGCAAGGAGAUAUCGCAGACUAUUGAGGCUCAUUAAUGGUCGCUUACAUGACAAUCCGAUUCCUCAAAAUCAGAUGUGGUGGCAAAUGGAUGGAGCCCCAGCGCACAAUGCUGCCGUAGUCACUGAAUACUUAGAGGAACGAUUUCCUGAAAGGUGGAUUGGCUUAAAUUCACCACACGUAAGAUUUCCGCCACGAUCACCUGAUUUAACCAUCAUGGAUUAUUACUUUUUCGGUAAUAUUAAGAGAAUCUGCUACACACAGGUAAAGAAAUUAAAAAAUUCUCUAUAUUCUCACAAUUAUUGGCUAUAAUCUUAUUUGAUUUCAUAAUAGCUUGUUUUUUUCCUAACAUUACCUUUCAGCCAGCUACUACAUCUGAUGAUAUGAAGCAACGCUUGCAAAAUGCAUGCGCUGCGAUUCGUGCUGGCGAAUUAAGAAGAGCAAGAGAGCAACUGCGCAGAAGAUUUCAGCUGUGCAUACAAGCAGACGGUGGACAAUGUCAGCAACUCAUGAAAUACAGAAAUCGCUAAUUCAAGUAGAAUAAAUAAGAAUUCAAUUUUAAAAAACUAUCAAUUUAAAAUAAUAAG